GGUUGGUGGCGCGCCCGGGCCCUUGCUUCGCGCCGCGGCCGUGUCGGGGCCGCGGCUCCUCGGCCGCCGCUUUCUGCAUGCCCGGAGCGAGGUGAUGGGCGACGCCAAGGAGCCCGGGGCCGAGGCCCCGCCGGCGGGAGCCGCCGCCCGAGAAGGGCUCAGCCUCCUGCCUCCCGGGGAGUCCGAGGAGCCCGCGCCGGGAUCAGCAUUAUUUCUUGGAGGCAGUGAAGUGAAGAGCCGAGCUGUGGUGAAAUACUCUUCUGCUCCUCCUCGAACAGCAUUUGCACGCCUUGAGGAAAAAACAGACUUGAAACUCCCACCUGCCAACUGGUUGCGAGAAAGUGCCAAACUAGGGCCUGCUGGAACUACCAUUCUUGGCAAUAGUAAGAAAAGCAAGCCAUUCUCAAGUUUUGGCAUGGCAUAUGAUUUCAUCGAUUCAGUGGGAAAUGAUGUGGAUGUUGUCUCUGACUCUGAAAACAUAAAAAAGCUCCUGAAGAUUCCGUACAGCAAGUCCCACGUGAGCAUGGCUGUGCACCGCAUAGGAAGGACCCUCUUACUAGAUGAGCUGGAUAUUCAAGAACUCUUUAUGAGAUCAUCUCAGACUGGUGAUUGGACGUGGUUGAAAGAGUUUUAUCAAAGACUGAUAGAUCAGAAGUGGCAAAGGAAGAAAAAGAGCAAAGAACACUGGUACCAGAAGGCCAUUCUGUCCAAAUUUCUGUAUUACAGUAUCAAUGGUGAUGGAGCCGCCCAGCCUGUGCCACCUGCCGCAGAGCAGCAGGAGCCAUCGGCUUCUGAUGAGCCGCCCGACUCUGAAGGGGCUUCGUGGCCUGCUCCUUUCGAAAUGCCGUCUUCGGUUUCUGAAGACCCCAGUGCUUCCAGUCAGGGCAGUGAGCCUCUUGAGCCCUCAUGCAUAGUGGGGCAUGUGGCCUCAGCACCCAAAGAGCAAAACCUGACUACUUUGUUCAAUGACGGGGAGAACAGUCAGGGGCUUAAAAAUGACUUUGUCCGGAAUAUUUUGUGGACAUUUGAAGAUAUCCACAUGUUGGUUGGAUCCAACAUGCCUAUAUUUGGCGGAGGUAGAUACCCAGCAGUCAGCUUACGUCUCAGGGAUAACAACAAACCAAUUAAUGUGCUAACUGGAAUUGACUAUUGGUUGGACAACUUGAUAUGCAAUGUGCCAGAGCUUGUGAUGUGUUUUCAUGUAAAUGGAAUUGUACAGAAGUAUGAAAUGAUAAAGACAGAAGAAAUUCCCAAUUUGGAAAACUCUAAUUUUUCUACUAAAGUCAUAAAAGACAUUGCACAGAAUAUUUUGUCAUUUCUGAAAUCUAACUGUACCAAAGAAGGACAUACGUAUUGGCUCUUCAAAGCAAGUGGCAGUGACAUAGUGAAGCUGUAUGAUCUCACUACUCUUUGUGAAGAGACUGAAGACAAAUACCAGAACCCAUUCACUAUGCCAGUGGCCAUUCUCUUAUAUAAGGUUGCUUGUAACAUGAUGAUGAAGAAAAAUCAAAAUAAGAAGCACUAUGGGACCAUCAGAACAUUGCUGCUCAAUUGUGUUAAGUUGCUGGACAAAAGCAGACAUCCUCAGAUUAUUGCUUCAGCCAAUUACAUGCUUUCGGAGCUUUUUCAACUAGAUGAACCUAAAAAGGAAGAAAGCUCAGAAUCUCCUUUAAACGAGAAUUCUGAUGAAAGCUACAGUGAAGAGGAGGAGGAGCUGCCCGACAGUGAUGAAAAUGGAUCCUACAGCACCAGCUCUGAUCCACCAGAUGAUAACAAAGCAGUGGCAAUAAUUAAGUCUGUUGGAGAAUUGUCCGUACCAGAAAAGUACAAGUCCAUUCAUCAGAUUAGACCCAGUUGUGCGUUUCCAGUUUGCCAUGACACAGAAGAACGCUGCAGACUUGUCCUCAGUUAUGUUCUGGAGGGUUUAAAAUCUGUAGAUAGCAGCAUCAAAAAAGAAAGUGACCUUCCUGCAGCUGACCCCAGCACCCCAAUCCCCUUAAAAUAUGAGGAUGAAUCCACAAGAGGAGGCCCCGAGGGGUUAGAGAAGCAGAUGGCCUUGUUUUUAGACAAAAUGGGCUCUCUUCAGAAGGGUAAUUGUUCCAGUCAAUCUGGAAUGAUACCUGGUUCUUGGCAACAUAAAAUGAAGCUUCAGCUGAUUCUCAAGUCAUCUAAGGCCUACUACAUCUUGUCUGACGCUGCCAUGAGUCUUCAGAAAUACGGUAGAGCAUUACGAUACAUCAAGCUGGCUUUGCAGAGUCAUGAUACUUACUGCUGUCUCUGCACCAAUAUGCUUUCUGAAGUGCUGUUAUUCCUUUCUCAAUAUUUGACACUCUGUGGUGAUAUCCAACUCAUGCUGGCCCAGAAUGCAAAUAAUAGAGCAGCACACCUGGAAGAAUUCAAUUACCAGACAAAAGAGGAUCAGGAGAUACUGCACAGUCUGCACAGAGAGUCCAGUUGUCAAGGAUUUGCAUGGGCAACUGACUUGUCUACAGACUUGGAAAGUCAACUCUCAGUUAGUUGUAAAUGCUAUGAGGCAGCUAAUGAAAUCUUGCAGUUUAGUGACUUAAAAAGCCAAAAUCCAGAGCACUAUGUACAAGUAUUGAAGAGAAUGGGUAACAUUAGAAAUGAAAUCGGAGUAUUCUAUAUGAAUCAAGCUGCUGCAAUACAGAGUGAGAGAAUGGUGAGCAAAUCUGUGUCUGCUGCAGAGCAACAGUUGUGGAAAAAAAGCUUUUCUUGUUUUGAAAAGGGAAUUCACAACUUUGAGUUGAUUGAUGAUGCCACAAAUGCUGCCCUUCUGUUGUGUAACACGGGAAGACUCAUGCGAAUUUGUGCACAGGCACACUGUGGCGCGGGGGAUGAGUUCAAACGCGAAUUUUCUCCAGAAGAGGGCUUGUAUUACAACAAGGCUGUUGAUUACUAUUUGAGAGCUCUGAGAUCUUUGGGAACACGAGACACACACCCGGCUGUUUGGGAUUCUGUGAACUGGGAGUUGUCCACUACUUACUUCACCAUGGCCACUCUGCAGCAAGAUUAUGCGCCGUUGUCCAGAAAAGCUCAGGAGCAGAUUGAGAAAGAAGUCAGCGAGGCUAUGAUGAAGUCCUUGAAGUACUGUGACAUUGACUCCGUGUCUGCCCGUCAGCCUCUCUGUCAGUAUCGAGCUGCAACCAUCCACCACAGGCUGGCGUCCAUGUACCACAGCUGUCUGCGGAACCAGGUUGGCGAUGAACAUCUCAGGAAGCAGCACCGGGCAUUGGCAGAUCUGCAUUACAGCAAAGCAGUAAAGCUUUUCCUGCUUCUCAGAGAUGCCCCGUGUGAACUGCUCAGAGUGCAGUUGGAGAGAGUGGCGUUUGCAGAAUUUCAGAUGACCAGCCAGAAUAGCAAUGUUGGGAAGUUAAAAACACUGUCUGGAGCUCUGGACAUCAUGGUGAGAACUGAGCAUGCAUUCCAGCUCAUCCAGAAGGAGCUCAUGGAGGAGUGUGGCCAGCCUAAGGAUGGAGGGACCGCUCCAGCUGCCGAUUCUUCUCCUGGUCUUAAUCGAGAGGAGGUGACCAAGCUCCUCAGUAUAUUUGAAUCUCGACUCUCCUUCCUUCUCCUUCAGUCCAUCAAACUGCUGUCCUCGACUAAAAAGAAAGCAAGCAGUCACACUGAAGAAGACUCGGUCCUGAAAACCAACAAGCAGGUGUACUCCCAGCUCCUGAGAGCCACUGCCAACAGAGGCGCGGCCCUGGUGGAGAGGAUCGACGUCAUCACCCGUCUGCUGGAGCAGCUCGCCCGGGGGGCCGGGGGGGCCGGCCCGUGAGCGCAGAGCACGCCUGCAGACGCCAGCGGUCAGUGCCUUCCACACCAGGUGGAGUCCUCUGGAAAGCUGCUGCUUCGGAAGCGCGCGCACAGCACCAGCGGCCACUCCCACACGGCUUUCUUUGCGAAGCAGGGGACACCUCGGCGUCCUUAGACCUUGAUGCAGGUGCACUGGCACUACACGAGCGUUAGAUCUGAUGAUUUGGGGAAACAAUGCUACUUUGGUGGAGAGAACUUUUAUCCAGAUAAUUUUGUAAGUUCAAAUGAGUUAAACUUUCUGUAUGCCUGCGGUGUUUCCUUCUAUUGCACAAAAACCUGGGCCCUUUUUAAGGUACAGUGGGAGAUUUUUCAGAGGAACAGGUUGUGCAGCUCUGUAUUUGAUGCAUGUUCUGCUGGUUUUGUGUGAGAGUUGAUAAAGACUGGGUACUACCCCCUUUUCAUACAAACUUGAAACUGUGAAUAAGGUAAGAAAACUAUUUUGAAUAAAUAAGCUAUUUAUUUAAAAUA